CCCAUCCUCAGCUUGGCAGGAGUGAGCGGCGGCUCUCUGACGGCUUGGCCCACACUGACACACGGACGGCUGGACACCCAAGCCCAUCAAGUACAGCCUGCACCCAGCUGCUUCCCCUCCCCAGGCACACCCAACAUGUGGUCCCUGUGGCUCCUUGCGCCCCUGCUGGCCCUGAGCCAGGCACUGCCCUUUGAGCAGAAGGGCUUCUGGGACUUCACCCUGGACGAUGGGCUGCCCGUGUUGAACGAUGAGGAGGCAUCAGGUGCCGACACGACCUCAGGUGUCCCAGACCUGGACUCUCUCACACCCACCUUCAGCGCCAUGUGUCCUUUUGGAUGCCACUGCCACCUGCGGGUCGUACAGUGCUCCGACCUGGGUCUGAAGGCUGUGCCCAAGGAGAUCUCCCCUGACACCACACUGCUGGACCUGCAGAACAAUGACAUCUCUGAGCUCCGAAAGGAUGACUUCAAAGGCCUCCAGCACCUCUACGCCCUCGUCCUGGUGAACAACAAGAUUUCCAAGAUCCAUGAGAAGGCCUUCAGCCCCCUGAGGAAGCUGCAGAAGCUCUACAUCUCUAAGAACCACCUGGUGGAGAUCCCUCCCAACCUGCCUGGCUCCCUGGUGGAGCUCCGCAUCCAUGACAACCGCAUCCGCAAGGUGCCCAAGGGUGUGUUCAGCGGGCUGCGCAACAUGAACUGCAUUGAGAUGGGUGGGAACCCCCUGGAGAACAGUGGCUUUGAACCUGGAGCUUUCGACGGCCUGAAGCUCAAUUAUCUGCGCAUCUCUGAGGCCAAACUCACUGGCAUCCCCAAAGACCUACCUGAGACCCUGAAUGAACUCCAUCUGGACCACAACAAAAUCCAGGCGAUUGAGCUGGAGGACCUGCUCCGAUACUCCAAGCUGUACAGGCUGGGCCUGGGCCACAACCACAUUCGCAUGAUAGAGAACGGGAGCCUGAGCUUUCUGCCUACCCUGCGGGAGCUGCACUUAGACAAUAACAAGCUGUCCAGGGUGCCUGCCGGCCUUCCCGAUCUCAGGCUCCUCCAGGUGGUCUAUCUGCACACCAACAACAUCACCAAGGUGGGCGUCAACGACUUCUGCCCAGUGGGCUUUGGGGUCAAGCGGGCCUACUACAAUGGUAUCAGCCUCUUCAACAACCCUGUGCCCUACUGGGAAGUGCAGCCAGCCACCUUCCGCUGUGUCACCGACCGCCUGGCCAUCCAGUUUGGCAACUACAAAAAGUAGAGGCAGCAGCAGAUGCUGUGGUGGCCUGGGGGCGGGUGUCUGGGUAGCACAGCCGAGGACCUAAAGAGGGAGGCAGAGUGAUGGGUCGAAGCGAGUGCCCAGCUGCACCCAACCCAGCCCCACCCAGGAUCCCCAGUCCCCAUUUUCUGCCCCCUGAUGCCCUUGCCCUGACUCCCAAGCAAACAAAUGGGGUAGCAGGCCCAGCCCCCAUCACAUGCCCCUUGGCUUCAGAGCUGCCCUGCCCCACAGCAUAGCAUUUAGAGGUGCCUGCAUGAAGUUUUCUUCCCGUCCACCUUAAAACUAAAUUGUCCAAGGGUUCAAUUCAAGGAAAAUGGUCUCUGGGCCUCGGGCAGGGGGGUGUGGGGGCUAACAGGGAUGGAGUCAGUGGGCCCCGUGAAGCCCGUCCCACCUGCUCUCCACAUCUCCCCCCUCCCGUCCUCUAGCUUCCGACACUCCUUGGCCUGGCCUGCUGCCCUUGGCCUCAGACACGUCACCCCCCCCUGGCCCCUGGACCAGUCUUCUCUCUUGGUCUCUCCCUCUUCUUCCCUUUGCUCUCUCACAUCCGUGGACUGGCUCUGGUCUGUGUCUCGCUGGGCCUCUGCCUAUCCCCUACCCAGACAGGCCGGGAGGUGGGGGGGCAGAUGCCUCCCGGCCUGCCCUGCCCAGGCCUUCCCCCAAGCCUGCACAGUCCUGGAGGAGGCAGGCAGGUGGAGGUGCUGCCCAGCCCCUCGCCAUGUGCUCCACAAUCAAGAGGGACCCAGCAUCCCCCCAGAGUCCCCAGCAUGCUUUUCAUUGUUCCCCUUUCCCCCAUGACAGCUACGUCUCCUCUCCCCUCACUUUCCAGCUCCUGGUGUGCUGGGAGUGUCAAGCGAUCACACCCAGCUUGAGGAGGGGCUGUGUCUGAGGUCGGUUGUUGUCUUUCAAUUAAAGAAACACUGUGCAAUAUG